AUGGAAGGGCAGGAAGGGGUACUCAUCACACGUGUGGUCGGUACCCAAGGCAAUCCAUUCAAGGGUCUAGAAGAAACCGAACAAAUGUCGAAACGCGAUGAAGAUAGUGGGGUCUUGUCGGUCAGUGCAGAGUCGCAGCCUGAGACGCAGUCUGAACGGUGCGCAGCCAAGGGCGGGAGGGGUCCUGAAAGCGAACCGCUGCCAGUCGUCGCCAGUGGACGACUCCCCUCGGUUGUGCCUGCUGCCCCUGUCCCUUUACCUAACAACCGGGGCGGGACGGCACUCGGGGCGGCUGGUGCUGCGAGGCGGACUGCGAGACCAGUACCUUUACUUCCACUUACCUACCUACCUCUGCCUCUACCUCCGAGUACCCAAGUGGCACAAGCAUACAAGCCAGUAUUCUUGGAGAUGCCCGCCCCCUUUCCUGCUGUUCAAGUUGCCUAUGGCCAUUUCUUUGCUCUUUUGGGUGCCUUGAAAUCAAUUUUCAAGAUACCUCUCUACGUCGUCAAUUCGAGCUUUCAAGAGGCUGCCGCUGUAGAGGUACCUAGCCAAGUUCAGCUACCCACAAUAUAUGACAACCUCACCCCUCAUGCAGAUCAUACGCAAAGCGUCAGUCCUAACAACAUGAAAUCGUACCUAUGCAAGAUAUGA